UCCUCAUCUUGUUCAAUACCAGAGUUCGUGUGCAACCUUGGCGCAUGGCUUUCGAGGUCUCCCAUACUGAAAAGUUAUGCGGACAUCCUGAAUAAGAGCGAGGAGACAGAAUCGUUGUUGAAGGUGGAUGAGUGCAUCAAGCAUGAUGCACUGCAUGUAUUCCGAAAGGCUAUUGCGGAACCUUUGCUACAGCUUGAACUGUCUCGAUCAGUUCAGGGCAGUCUGGUGAUAGUCGUCGAUGGCACCGAUGAGGCAGAAUUUCAUCGAAGCGAGGAUGGAAGGUCGAUAGGAACAUUUAUUUGCACCUUGAUACCACAUCUUCCUCCAUGGCUGGACAAUCACCUACUGUCGAAUCCUCGUCGAUCAAUCAUCGAUCCUUUUGGAGAUUUAGUCGAUCGAAUAGUGUAUGCCGCGAACGGAAAUGUGCUCUACAUUCGCUUAUUGCUCCGACUUGUCGAAACGGGCAGAUUACCCUUGAGAUAUUUGUUGCAAACGAAUUUACCCGCAGACGAUCUCGAUCUCUAUGGAUUAAUUAUGGAGCUGACGUUCACAUCACCAGCGACAUUUGCCCGAGUUGCGCCAGUCCUAGACGUGUUUUUGGCGUCACUCCGACCACUUGAUCGGAACACGCUCCUGUCAGUGUUCAACUCUCCAAAAUCAGAUGUACCAAUGAUGGACAUGCAGCUGGAUGAAAUGCACGGUCACAUCCUCUUUGCCUUACAUCUGACCCAUCAAGCACCGUUGAGCUCUGUUCAACUGUUUGAGUUAGCUCAUCAUCUUCUCAAAGCACAUCCGUACAAAUAUAUGCAUGGAAAAUAUAUGCCUGAGUUCACUUCUUUGAAAGAUGGUCAAAUCGAUUGGAUAAAGCAAUGCUCGGAGGACAUUCGAAAGGCACUGUUCAACCAUCGGAAUAUGUUUUUCCCUAAUACAAAGGCAAGUGAUCAUAAAUGU